UGUCUAAACUACUCACUCUUCCUGCCGACACAAACACAUGGAACUAGCUAGUUUACACCUUACACACGCUAUUGCCUUAUACCACCAUUAUUGGCUUGCAGAUCGAGAUCAUCUUGAAAGGAAGCCAUUUGCAGAUGCCAUGCUUAACGCUAUUUACAAAGGGAAGUUUAGGGAAGUAAGCCACUUAUUUAAAAGCAACCCAGAUGCAAUAUCUACAACAUUUGAAAAUGGAAAAACUGCUCUUCACGUUGCAAUUAUUGCUGGUCAGCUAAGGGUUGCUAAGGAAUUGAUCACUAUUACUGGUACUGAAGCAAACAGUCGCCAAUUGAAGAUAAAAGAUGAGAGUGGCAACACAGCUCUUUCCUUUGCUGCUCGUAGUGGAAUGAUGGAAAUUGCAAAAUGCUUGAUUGAAAAGAACAAGGACUUGCUUACUAUGCCAGAUGGCGACGAUAAGCUCCCGGUUCAAUUGGCUUGCAGGGCAGGCCAUGAGGACAUGACUCGCUACCUCUACUGCAAUACCCCGAGAGAACGUCUAAGCGGAGUCAAGGGCUUCUACCUCCUCGAAGAGUGUAUAACUAAGAAAAUGUUUGGUAUAGGCGUGAAAGUAGAUAAAGGAAGUGUUCUAUCUGAUGGUGUUGGCAGUGUUGCAGCUCAACGAGGAGGCACAGUAGUUAUGACUUUGGAUGAGGAUGAAUUUGUGCAAAGUGGAGCAGUGGAAGCAACCUUUCAAGCUAUCAAGAAUGGCAUCCCUGACAUUGCAAUAGAAAUUGCAAAAGUUAAUACAAAUAUAUUAUGGAACCGUACUGAUCCUGAAGAUUCAAGGAACAUGUUUGCAUGUGCUAUAGCACAUCGUCAAGAGGAAGUGGCACAAUUUCUUUAUAAAUUUAGUGCGAGAAUUAGUACAAAUAUAGGUUUUACCGAGGAUCAACGUGGAAACAAUUUAUUACAUUUAGCAGCAAAGUUAGCUCCUCAUUCUGACCUUGAUCACAUCUCAGGUGCAGCUCGGUUGCAAAGUGAGUUACGCUGGUUCAAUGUAAGCAUCUCAUGCUUUUAAAUGUUCUGUCAAUUAAUAAAUUUUAUAUUUUGAU